GCCUUUCUCGAUAAAAAUGCUACGUGCAAGUUGAAAUCGUGUUAUUCAGCGCAUACUUGUCGAAGAAAGUGGAUAAGUGGAGUUUGAGAAAUGAAUACCGUUACUUGUAUCGCACCCAUCAAUAUUGCUGUUAUAAAAUAUUGGGGCAAAAGAGAUGAUAAACUUAUUUUACCAUUGAAUGAUUCCAUCAGUGCUACUUUAGAUACAGAGCAGUUAUGUGCAAAAACUACUGUUAUGAUCAGUCCAAAUUUCAAGAACGAUUGCAUAUGGUUAAAUGGAAAGGAAGAAGAUAUCAAGAAUCCUAGGCUACAGAAUUGUUUAACAGAAAUUAGAAAACGAGCAGGGCAUUCCAAACAUUUGAAUCAAUGGAAAAUUCACAUUUGCUCGGAAAAUAACUUUCCAACUGCAGCUGGUUUGGCUUCUAGUGCAGCAGGAUAUGCGUGUCUUGUAACAGCUCUUGCAAAAUUAUAUGAAGUAGAGGGUGACAUUAGCAUGAUAGCCCGUCUUGGCUCUGGAUCAGCAUGCCGUAGUACAACAGGAGGUUUUGUAAGGUGGUACAUGGGUUCUGAACCAAAUGGAACUGAUAGUAUAGUAAAACAAAUUGUUCCUGCUAAUCAUUGGCCAGAAAUGAGAAUUUUAAUAUUAGUUGUAAAUGACUGUAGGAAAAAAGUUUCUAGUGCAAUUGGAAUGAAAAGGACUAUGGAAACGUCUGAGCUUCUAAAACAUAGAGUGAAACAUGUUGUUCCUGAAAGAGCAAAUAGAAUACAACAAGCAAUUAUAGAAAAAGACUUCAAAACAUUUGCUGAACUAACAAUGAAAGAAUCUAAUCAAUUGCAUGCAGUAAAUUUAGAUACAUAUCCACCAAAUAUUUAUAUGAAUGAUAUUUCACAUGCAAUUGUUGAACUUGUUCAUUUGUAUAAUGAAGCUGUUCACGAUGUGAAGGUCGCGUAUACUUUUGAUGCAGGACCAAAUGCAACUUUGUAUCUUUUAAAAACUGAUGUACCAAAAUUUAUGGGUGUAUUAGAUUAUUACUUUCCACCAUUAGAAGAUGUUUUAGUAGAAUAUAAGAAAGGAUUAUCUAUUGAUGCUGUUAAACCUUCUGAAGACUUGUUAAAUAAGAUUAAUAUACGAAAACAUAAUUUAGGAUGUUUCAAAUAUAUUAUUCAUACACGAAUAGGAGAUGGUCCUAAGUAUCUUCAAGAUUCUAAAGAUCAUCUUUUAAAUAACCAAGGAUGGCCUGUCAAUCGUAUUUAAGUACAAUGUUUGAAGUAUUUGUAAAUGAUAUUUUCUAAGAUUUGUUAGAUAAUAAAAGAUGAAGAAUCAUCCGUCUCUAUUAUCUAA